AUGUCCCACACUAUCGCAUUCCACUCGAUAUUAUAUCCACCUACCAAUGAUUUUCCUAUGGCUGCUACCGCCGAGAAUAUUGGUACCCUCAUUAAAACCGAUAUCACAAUUACCCUGAUUCCCGACCUUGUCCACCAGAUCCUUUCUCAGCCUCCAUUUGUUUCUGUUCCCGGUGUUUUUAACAUCCGCGACAUAGGCCAUGUCCCGAUUGUUCGUCGUAAUUUCAUCUUUCGCUCCGGGAUGCUCUCCGGCAUUGAAGCUGCCGGCAAAGCCAAACUCAUAUCUGAGCUGCGAGUUAAGAAAAUUUUUGACCUCCGAUCCGCCCCUGAACGCAUGAGAUUAGGUACUCCGCACAUUUCAGGUGUCGAGAUCUGCUGGAUGCCAGAGAUACGAGAGCCAAUGCUGAUAGACUUGAUCCAAUUUGGUGCUGAGGACGGCGGGCUGAGGGCGACGUUCCACCUGUAUGCGGAUAUCUUGGAGACUCAUGUGCCUAUUUUCCGGCAGGUUUUUCAACAUAUUCGAGACGAAGGAGAUCAACCAAUUUUGUUCCAUUGCGCAGCUGGAAAGGACCGCACCGGUGUACUUACCGCACUCAUUCUGAGUCUUGUAGGCUGCUCCCACGGCGCCAUCGCCUGGGACUUCAGCCUGACUCGUAUUGGCGUGGAGCCAUUCCGUGAAAUAGUUUUGAAAGACCUCCUUUCGAGCGCGGUCGACUGUAAUCCCGAGUUGACGAAGGGAAUAGUGGGGCUUUGCAACAUCAACUUCGAUGCCAUGAUUUUGUUUCUACAACAGCUUGAGGCAACCUAUGAACGUGGUGCGGAGGGGUAUGUCAUGAAUAUUCUAGGUUUCUCAAGUGAAGACGUUUCCAUAAUCAGGAGAAACCUAUAUGGCCAAUAA